UCCUGAAUUGGAGUAGAGUGGUGCUCAAAUUGAAAAUGGCGUCUCUGGUUCGAUCAGCGACUCUCAGAUUUCUCAAACCAUUCGGCAAUCUCACGCUAAACGAGGCCGUUAACCACCCGCGAACCCAAACCCUAAGCCUCCGGGCGUUCUCGACGACCUUGUCGCCGCCGUCGAAGGCUGUGGUGUACGAGCAACACGGUCCUCCCGAUAGGGUCACCAGAGUGAUACAGUUGCCGCCAGUUGAAGUGAAAGAGAACGAUGUGUGCGUGAAAAUGUUGGCUGCUCCAAUCAACCCUUCUGAUAUUAAUCGAAUUGAAGGGGUAUACCCUGUGAGGCCACAAGUGCCAGCUGUUGGAGGAUAUGAAGGUGUAGGAGAGGUACAUUCGGUCGGGCCUGCAGUUAAGGGUCUCUUGCCCGGGGAUUUAGUCAUCCCAUCUCCGCCUUCUUUUGGGACAUGGCAGACUUAUAUUGUGAAGGAUCAGAGUGUAUGGUACAAAAUAAAUAAGAAUUCACCCCUGGAAUAUGCCGCCACUAUUACGGUUAAUCCUUUGACUGCUCUAAGAAUGCUUGAAGACUUCGUUACUUUAAACAAAGGAGAUGCUAUUGUUCAAAAUGGAGCCACAAGCAUUGUAGGGCAGUGCAUUAUUCAGCUUGCGCAGCAUCGUGGCAUCCAUAACAUUAAUAUAAUAAGGGACAGGACUGGGUCUGAUGAAGUAAAAGAGAAACUCAAAAACCUUGGUGCUGAUGAAGUUUUUACUGAGAGUCAACUGGAAGUCAAGAAUGUCAAGGGUCUUCUGUCUGGUAUACCUGAACCUGCAUUAGGAUUUAACUGCGUUGGAGGCAAUGCUGCUUCUUUGGUUCUUAAAUUUUUGGGGCGGGGCGGAACUAUGGUGACAUAUGGUGGAAUGUCUAAGAAACCCAUUACUGUAUCAACGUCAUCUUUCAUUUUUAAGGAUCUUUCCUUGAGGGGAUUCUGGUUGCAGAAUUGGAUGAGUUCAGAGAAGGCAAAAGAGUGUAGAGUUUUGAUAGAUUCCCUCCUGGACCUAGCACGGGAAGGGAAGUUAAAAUAUGAGAUGGAGCUGGUUCCUUUUGACAAUUUCAAUGCUGCAAUAGAUAAGGCCCUUGGGAAGCAAGGGAGCCAACCAAAACAAGUUAUCAAUUUUCAACUUUGAGCAUGGCUGAAGUGAAGACUUUUGUUUUGGCGAUAAUCUCAUAAUAAUCUUUCAGAGGUUUAUUGUAUUGCAUUAGGAUGUGAAGUCACAUUUUGGAUCUCCUAUUAUAUAAUGUAAUUAUUACGUACGUCUUUUGAGUCCUUUUACCACGAGAAAAUCCACAUUUACAGAUGAGCCAACUUUGUCACCACAAUUCAGACCAAAAAAAAAAAAAAAACCUUUGUAUCA